AUGAGAGGAGAGGAUUCAUGUGAUGCCAGUGAGGCACAUGAAACAAAUAUAAUUGAAGUUGAAAAUGUUGAGGAAGUUGAAGAGUUGUACAAAAUGCCUCUCACUAAAGUAACAGCAAGGAAGACAAAAGAAGUUAGUUUGGUGACGCCUUGUGUCCUCUGUCAAAAGGAGUUUGGCAGCGAGGAGGAUUUGAAAAACCAUUUACUUCUCUGUGUAAAAGAAAAAUCUGAGAUAAGAUGUGAAGACUGUGGAACUAUUUUUAAGAAGCAGGAAUAUCUGAAAAGGCACAUGAAAAACAUUCACGGAGUAGAGACUGCCAAAAGGAGUUACAAAGUUAUUGAAAAGAAAGUUGGUGUUUCAGAAAGGGGACAAGAUGAUCUGGAUCAGUAUGAUCCUGGGAACCUCAUAGAUGAAAUUUCGGAUGACAGUAGCAGUGCUGACUUAGAUACUCCAGAUGAUUCAGAUAGCGAUGUGCAGGAUUCUGAACGGAAAGCAUGCUAUAGUGGAGAAAGCACAGACGGAUCAGUUAAAGAUAAUGAUGAGGAGAAGGAAUAUUCUGAAGAAGAAACAUCACAAAAGAAAGAAAAUAAGAAGGUAGAUAAUACGCCAGAGGACAACAAGAGUGACCCUACAGUUAGGAAAAGGUGUGCCCCAUUACCAGUGUUGACACCAACAAAGAGAAAGUCUUAG